AAAGGCAUAUAUAGGGUCGCAAGGCUGUCAUAUAAGCCGACGACAGCUCCGACCAACAGCUGCGCGGUCUUCUAUUUGUGUCGUCCUCGAAGCGCCCGCCCAUUAGUGUCGACUUUAGUAGGCGCCGGUCCAAGCUCUGCCGAAUGGAGCGGGCAGCAGCGAUCCACUCGUGACUUGCGGACCUCCGAGCCAAUCCAGAAAUUUGCUGCGUAGAGCAUCCGCCGACGACACCACGCGCAAUCGUACCUGGAGGCUGCAUCGAGCCUCACCGUUGAUACUCGCUACCAGAUACACGGUCGCUCUCAUCAUCACAUCGGCCAUCGCGCCCGCCUGCUGCCGCAGCCCGUCGAGGGCAAAUUCCCACCACCACUGCAGCCAAUAUGUCUCUCGUCAACCUCGCACAUGUCUGCUCGCACAUGCAGAACGCCUCCAAAGCUCGCCUUGGAUUGACAUCAAUACCAGUCUCCAAGAUGCACGUCAACAUUGCGCUAGGUCUGCAACGCGAAGGCUUCCUCUCUUCAGUCACACUCGGCGGGCCAACACCACCAAAGCCCUUUCUCCUCCAGACACAGCAAGAUCCCGAGCAACUAGACAUGAUGGCACAGAAGCUGAAGGAGGAGCCAUGGCUUGCAUACCCCAUUGAUGCACCAGCAGGCACUGGAGAGAAGGCACCACUAGGUCAAGAGCAGGUCCACGAUAUACAUGUACCUCAGAACCCGGCGCGGAGACGGUUAUGGCUUGGCCUAAAGUACUGGCAAAACGAGCCCGUAUUGAAGAACAUGAAGCUAGUUUCCAAGCCCACACGGCGGAUAUGGCUGACGAGCGAGGAUUUGGGCAAGAUCACGAGGACACGCGAAUCGAGCUACGUAAAGGGACUGACGCAUCCCGGAGAAUGCAUGUUCCUUACAACAGACCGAGGAAUACUCGAGGCAAGAGAAUGUGUGGAGCGACAGUUGGGUGGUAUGGCGCUUUGCAGAGUGUGGUAGUGGAAGAAGGCUGCAUAUAUGGCUAUGGACUGUAUGACAUUAUUGUACCAGUAUCAUGAUGGAGCGGAAUUGCAUCAAUGGAGCUUGCAUAGGAGUAACGCGCCAUACGCAACUGUAGAAUAUCAACCCCAGUCACAACCAAUUUUGACUUGACCUCUGCACGAUCCUAGACCCUGAGUCUAUCAGCGAAGAAACUUGGUCGAACACGUCGGUGCACUGGUACAGAGGUUGGACUGGAGGGGUGCAAAAUCCAAGUGGAUCCGAGUUAACGUUACCAGUCGUGUACAGCGAAUAUCCUGGUUCAAAAAAACUUCGCAACAUGGACAGCCUGUCCACUAAGACAGCAUUACCACACUCGGGCAGCAAUACAUUAUUGUUGUUGUUGACGUGUUCUGUCACGUUGCUUAGAGUGUAGACUUGCUCGCGACCAUAGUUCUCAUAAAGCAAUUAUC